CCCUGGUAUUUAUCACAAGCGUGAUACACGGUAUAUAGAGAACUGCGUGAUACCUAUAUAGGCCAAAGUGACAAGGGAAUUGUCUUACGAUCAUGACUAAGGAGGCAUUGUUGAAUUCUCAGAAAUGGCAAUGGAGAGAGUUUACCGAGCUUUUCUUGCGAAAUGCCUCUGCUCCACCUGAAGCUGCAUUAAAGCACGUGGACAACUGGCUGGCAGACAAGACCUAUUUGGUUGGAACAGAAGCCACCUCCAUUGACACAGACGUGUUCAAACUUAUCCAUUCGCCACUGUCUCGACUAUCGCACCAGGAGCGAGAGGCGUACCCGCACCUGAGCCGCUGGUUCCGACUGGUCCAGAGCAGCGUGCCCCCCGACGACCGGUGUCCUCCGCUGGUCAUCAGCCGCACCCGGCUCUACGCGUGAGGGCCGCACUCGAUCGGUUACAACCAGACACAGGUCGGGUCGUCUCAGGGUCGACAGCGCCGUGAGGCUGUCGAGCGUCGAGGGAGAGACCAUCGAGCCCAAGAAUGUUGACCUUUCUCAGUGCGAUGGGCCAUCUUUGUUGGGGUUCAAAAAGAUUCGUGCGUGGUGUGUUGAUCGUGCUCAGUGCUGACGUGAAAAGGCGGAUCAUAGGUAGGUACUUUUUGUUAAGAGAAGCGACGUAAAAUGUUUCAAGGAGGUGUCAGGCAAGGGCUAAGAUGCCAGCGUCGAUCUUUUCCGCUUGCUUGACUGUUGAGGAGUUAUGCGUCUGUUUGAUUUUAGGACCCUUUCCCGUGAAACAACCUCAACGAUGCACCAAUUGUCGAUAACAUUAAAUUCAGUGUAUACAUAUGGUAUAAGGUACCUUGGUUGCUGUGCCCCGAGUGUAACCGUUGGGCAAUUAUGAGAUAAUGUCAUUAGGUUACUAGACCUGGCAUUUGCAUUUCGCUACUCCAUGGAGCUGUGUUUCAUCUUGAUAUUGAAUAGAAAACACAAUGAG